AUGUCUUCUGUUUAACAUUACUUAUUGAGAAAGUCUAUAACUUUAAACAAAAAUGCAAACAUUUUUAUGACCUAAUAAGAGGUUGAUGAAUAAAGAUUAUAUAGAAAUGGAAAGAUAGUUCCAUAUUAUAUAGUUGGUAAACCUGAAAUCAUGGAUAAAAAAUUAAUCAAUGCAUAACCAAAUGAAGAUUCAUAAAUGAAUAUAAAAAUCAAACCUAUAAGUUACAAAGAAUAUAAAUCAAAAGUUUCAUAAAAACAAAAAAAUAAUCAAGUAGAAGAUGAUUAAUUUAUUGAAUUUGAUAUGGAACUUGGCUAAGUUGAAGAAGAAAUUAAAUAAGUUCAGAUCUAAUAAAAAAUAAACUAAUUUAAACUUCCCUUAUCAAAAUUAAGUCAAGCAGAUUUAGCUGCUGCUGAUAAAGAUGAUAGAAUCAUGAAAUCUUUUGAAUAACAAUAAAUCAAUUGGUAAUAAAGAGUAAUCAAGUCAGCAUAAAGAUGUAAAAGACAUGUUUCCUAAUCAAUUUAUAAUAAAAUCUAAGCAGAAAGAGAAAAAAAUGAGGAUAGAAAACUUUUAGAUUUAAUUUAAACUGAUGCAGAAAGACAUGGAAAUAAGUUAUGGGUAAUAUUCUCUUGACUUUAAGGAAAGAUAAUUAAGAUCAAGUUCAGAAGUAUUGGAAACCAACUAAAAAAUAAAGGCUCAAGGAUUGGAAAUCAUAAAAUAAAUGAACAAUUCAGGUGUUUAUAAAAGACCUAAGAGUUUUGUCUAAAGAUUUGAAGAAAGAUAGGACAAGGUGAAUGAAUUAAUAGCUUAAGGAAAUUCAAUUUAAAAUUUAUAAGUAGAUAUCAUAUUAUUAUUAUAUAUAGGUAGAAGGAUUAAGUUAGUUAGCUAGAGAAACAUCAAGUUUAUAUAAAAUAAUCAAUGAUUAGAAGGAGUUGUAAUUAAAUAAAAAUAAUACAUCAAAUAACUAAAUACCUCAUACGAAAAGAAAAUAUAAGGGUCCUUUCAAAAAGUUAGUUCCUGUCGAAAACUUAAAUCAAUCAUAGGAAAUUCUUUCAAUUAACUAUGAUAAAUAAUUUUUGAGAUAAUAAGGAAAAUUGGAAAUUUAUAAAUAAUUUUUCUGA